GCCUCCGAUUCUAGAGAGAGAAUGAAGAGAGAGAGUAGAGAGAGAAAGAGCGAGUCGACGCCUAUAAUUACGGGGCAGCCUCCACCAUCUCUCCUCUCCCAUCUCUCCUCUCCGGCUCUCCCGUUCGGUUCCCCAAUCCCCUUCUCCGUCGCCGCCCACCUAGCAGUUCCCAUCUCGGUCCGUUGGGUGGCUCGGCAGCACCGGCAUUGGGAAUAGCCUCGUCGCCUCCGCCGGCCCGACCGUGUCGGCUGUGAUUGUGCACAAUUGUUGUCCUUGGAGCUGAUCGGUCCGUUGGAUGAAUGAGUGUUCAUUUUAAAUUACCUGUGUCGACCAUGGCGUUGAACAAAAUGCUGGAUCUUUCCGCCUAAUGGGCUGGAUGCGGUGCAUGCACGAUUGCAGUGAAAAGAAGACAUUGAAACGUUGGUUUUUCAUCGACAAGAGGGUUGGUUAAGUCCUUAGCUCUGUGGAAUUUAGCAAUCCAGUGCACUUCUCUUCUGUUGUUUGUAACUGAUUUUACUACAAGACUAAGAGGUAGUGGGAGUGUUGGGUCUUGUUGACGGAUUUGAAGACAAGCCUCAACUCUUCUGUUAUCGCCGAUCAUCUCCCAACAUUAUUAGCCUUGCCUUCUUCUGUUAUGACUUUCACAACCCCUACUAGCUUCCCCUCUCCGGGGCUUUGCUUGAAUACUGCAAAGAAGAAAUCUCUGCCUGGUAAGAUUAUUGAAGUUCGUGCUACUGGUUGGCUUGACCUCAUGAUGGCCUCAUCACCGACUCGCAAAAGGCAGACCAAGGAUGUCAUCAAUGAUGUUCAAGCUGACGAUCUUAAUUUGCAAUAUCAUAACUGGAUGGCGAAGUAUCCUUCUGCUUUGACCUCAUUUGAGGCAAUUACUGAUCUUGCUGGGAGUAAAAGAUUGGCAUUGUUUCUUGACUAUGAUGGAACUCUUUCGCCAAUCGUGGACAAUCCUGAAAAUGCACUAAUGUCUGAUGAGAUGCGUGCUGCUGUGAGGCAUGUGGCAUCACUUUUCCCGACUGCAAUCAUUAGUGGAAGGUCUCGUGAUAAGGUUUUUGACUUUGUCAAACUAAAUGAACUGUACUACGCUGGAAGUCACGGCAUGGACAUCAUGGGGCCAGUUAAGAAGACUACUGAGUCCAAUGGUGUCGAAUGCAUUCGAUCCACUGAUUUGCAGGGUAAAGAGGUCAACCUCUUCCAACCUGCAAGUGAGUUUUUACCCAUGAUUAGUGAGGUUUACAAAAAACUUGGAGAGAGUGUCAAGGACAUCGAUGGUGCAAGGAUGGAAGACAACAAGUUCUGUGUGUCUGUGCAUUACCGUAAUGUUGCUGAAGAUGACUAUCAAAAGGUUUUCCAGCGUGUAACUGCUGUUUUGGAAGAUUACCCUUAUCUAAGGCUAACCCAUGGGAGGAAGGUCCUUGAGGUCCGUCCUGUAAUUGACUGGAACAAAGGGAAAGCUGUUGAAUUUUUACUUGAGUCGCUUGGACUCAAUGAGAGUGAAGAUGUCCUUCCUAUGUAUGUUGGAGAUGACAGAACUGAUGAAGAUGCAUUCAAGAUUCUGAAGGCAACCAACCGUGGCUUUGGAAUAUUGGUGUCAUCUGUACCCAAGGAGAGCGAUGCCUUCUACUCCUUAAGAGAUCCAGCUGAGGUGAUGGAAUUCCUGAGAAAGUUGGCAGCGUGGAAGGAGCAAUCCACCUGACAGUGGAAGAACGUCGGUUUGGCUGGUCUGCAGAAGAACCAAGAGUAUAAAUAUUAGAAGAUAUAUACUGCUAACCAAAUAAGUCGACUAUACGGAGGAGUCAAGCCAAAGUGUUUUUGAUUUGGCAUUUUAUAAGAGGCAACCGCAUUUUGCUACUUUUUUGUCCCACUUUGAUCUCGUGUUUAUGGGUUUCAAGCAAUUCAAUUCUUUCAUUAUUUAGGUUCCUUUAGUAUAUACGAAUAUAUUAUGAAAGAAUUUUGGUUCCUGCUAGUGUUUUGCCGUCAGUUUUGCUCUAGUCAAUUGUUUAUUCUAUAUUCUAUUGGUCAAGCUGUAAAGAACUGGAUCUUUGUUUAAACAGCGUUUAGCUGUCAAUAUGCUCAUACAAAAUCAAAGUUGUGAGCAUGGACCAUGCCUUGCCAGCACAUUAUGUAUUUGGUUUCAUUU